GCAGGAUGCUCUGAGCUCUCUGGGAUCCUAUCAUGGACUUUUCUCGGCUGCAUCUGUACACGCCACCGCUGUGUGUGCCUGAGAAUACUGGCUACACUUAUGCCCUCAGCUCCAGUUACUCUUCAGAAGCACUGGACUUUGAGACAGAGCACAAGUUGGACCCUGUGUUUGAUUCUCCGAGAAUGUCACGCCGGAGCUUGCGACUCGUCACCACGACGUAUGGCACAGAGGACAGCUCAGCUGGAGCUGCCCAGAUCCGCUCAGGCAGUGUGGCUGCCCUCAAGGACAGGACUGUCAGAACCUCCAGGCAGCGCCGCAAUGUGGCCAAGUCUACCAGCAGCAUGAGCCACGUGUCUAGCAAAGCCACAACUUCAGCCGCCAGUCGGGCUGAUACCACUGAGCUGCAGACUGACGCCAGCCUGCGGCAUCCCGUGCUGGAUGAGUCUCUGAUCCGUGAGCAGACCAAAGUGGCCCACUUCUGGGGGCUGGAUGAGGAUGGAGAUGUUCAAGGGGACACCCAAGGUGGAGGUGGCGCUGUCCUACAGGGCAACGGUGACGUGAGCGCACAGGCAGUCGCCACAUCCAGCAAUGGCUACACAUGCCAGGACUGCCGACUUCUAGGGGCACACCGGGAGUCACUGAGCACCCUUGCCCUGCACCACAGCCCUGGCCCUACUACCCACAUCUACUCCAGGGACCGCAGUCAGAAACGCGGCGUGUCUUUCUACGCAGACAGGACUUUGUGGCUGGCCAAGUGCACCUCAGCGUCUCUCUCAGCGUUCUUAGCUCAGCUCUUUCACGUGAUUUUAACGAAGCUCAGUGGUGAAUCAGAAAAUUACAAAUUGAAAAGCUCUGAAUCAAAAGCUCAUGAAUCAGAAAGCUAUAAAUCACAAAGCCAUGAAUCCAAAGUGUCUUCAAGCCACUAUGUGGAAACCAGUGUGGAUGCUCUUGCGGGAGAGCAUGGCCACCUCGGUGUGUCAGCAGCGUUGUGGGGUGAUGGCCAUGCAGGGGAGAUGCACACAGACGUCCUCGCCUCAUCUUCAGGGUCCAGAUGGGGAACAGGCACUCUGCGGCACAUGUGGACCUACGCAGGGAAGGCCGCCUCAGGGCUCUUCUGGUGGCUGGGGAUCGGCUGGUAUCGGCUGGUGACUUUGGUCUCGUGGCUGAAUGUGUUUCUUCUGACCAGGUGCCUUCGAAGCCUUUGCAAAUUUUUCCUCUUUCUCAUCCCACUCUUGCUUUUACUCGCCUCAGGCUUUUUCCUGUGGGACCGGAGUGACCUCCUGUCCUUCUUGCCUGUGUUGAACUGGACGGGCAUGCUCAGAGCACAGAGGACAGAUGAACCCAGGACGACACUGGCCCCCGACCCUGCUCGGCAGAUUCUAUGGCCAGAGGGUGAUGGCAUGCUUUCUCCCGGGCGCUGGGUGAGUGACGUAGAGAGGCAGGUGACAUCUCUAUCUGGACAAUGUCGCAACCAUGAGGAGAAGCUCCAAGAGCUGACAGCUUUGCUGCAGCAGCUACACACACGGGUGGACCGAAUCAAUGUCAAUGACGCCGACACGCUGGCCUUGGUGCGGGAAGUGGUUGGACAGCACCUGAAGGAAAUCGGCACCCUCGGGCCCUCAGGCACCCAGGGCGACGUGGCAGCCUCCCAGCAGAGCCAGGAACUGCGUAUCUCAAACCUGGAGGAUCUUCUCCGGAAACUUACAGAGAGAUCUGAGGCCAUUGAGAAGGAGCUGGAAGAGACCAAGUUGAGGACCAUCAGAGGGAUCGAGGAGGACCAGAGCCUGCUUUCCACAGUGCAGCGCCUAGAGCUGGAGCUGGGUCAGCUCAGAGCACAGCUGGCAGGCUGGGAGCACUGGCGGAGCAGCUGUGAGAAGGGAGACAACAUCCAGGAGCGUGUCGAUGCCCAAGUCAGAGAAACAGUGAAGCUCCUGUUUUCCGGCGACUGGCACGACGGCUCUCUUGAGUGGCUCCUGCACAAGUUCUCUUCCGAGUUCGUGACCAGGGAGGACCUACAGGUGGUGCUCCGGGACCUGGAGCUGAAGAUCCUAAAGAACAUCAGCCACCACAUUUCUGUGACCAGACAGGCUCCCACCCCCGAGAUGGUGGCACCUGCUAUUCGGGACGCAGGGCUCCCUGGAAUCACAGAGGCGGAAGCACACGCUAUCGUCAGCAACGCUCUGAAGCUCUACUCGCAGGACAAGACUGGCAUGGUGGACUUCGCCCUGGAGUCUGGGGGGGGCAGCAUCUUGAGUACGCGCUGCUCAGAGACCUAUGAGACCAAGACUGCUCUCAUCAGCCUUUUCGGCAUCCCCCUGUGGUACUACUCGCAGUCCCCUCGAGUCGUCAUCCAGCCGGACAUAUACCCAGGAAACUGCUGGGCAUUCAAAGGCUCCCAGGGGUAUCUAGUAGUGAGGCUGUCAAUGACCAUCUACCCAACCACCUUCACCCUGGAGCACAUCCCGAAGACGCUGUCACCCACGGGUAACAUCACCAGUGCCCCCAAGGACUUCGCUGUCUACGGGUUGGAGAACGAAUACCAGGAGGAAGGGUUGCUGCUGGGGCGGUUCAUGUACGACCAGGAUGGGGAGUCCCUGCAGAUGUUCCACGUGCUGACAGUACCGGAGAGAGCUUUCCAAAUAGUGGAACUUCAGAUUUCUUCAAACUGGGGCCAUCCUGAAUACACGUGUCUUUAUCGGUUCCGCGUUCAUGGAGAACCUAUCAAGUAAAGCCGCUCCUCGUUGUUGUACAUUUUGUAUAUAUAUGGGACAGCUGGAAACACUGGAACCCUCCGUGGAUAGGGGCUUGUAGAGUAACAGGAUAAGCGUCGCUCCACUCAGGGGUCCUGGCUGCCAGCACUCAUGGGGGGUGGGGAUGUUGUGCCCAACACCGGCUUGCUGACCGCCUGUCCACAUUCCUCUUGCUGCUUGAUUGAGACCUCGUGGAAUAUGGAUGUGUCCACAAGACACUGGCUGGUUCAGGAUCGGGGUUUGAACAUGAAACGCUACACUUGUAUUUUACUGACAGCUAGAACAAAGCAAAUGAAGGAAGGAAAGUUGACCAUACUCCUGACGCUUUACUAGAUAGCCUUUCAAGGAUCCUUGUAAAGGACUUAUGGGGGGGCACUGACUUUUCAUCUAUCAAACCUAAUAUCUACAUAUCAUUCAGGGAGCAAAUAGUGUCGCCAAAUGUGGGAGUUGUCCUUCAGGACUGGGCUUUCCUUUCCUCAGCACUAAUACUGAGUACUCCAUGUCACCAGAUGGGGAAUCACUGACAAGUCCAGGCUUUGUUCAUUCCUGCUUCUGAGAAUGGCUUUCCUAGUACAUGGUGGGGGGAGCCUUGUGACAUGGUAUAGUGAGGGUGGUGUGUGAUUGAAAGGGCUGGUCUGGCUUUCAACAGGCUUGUUCCUGGGCUUCUCAGGGCUCCAUGUUGUACACCCCAGUGCUUCCUCACACCCCUCGGGAGAAACAGGAACCAAGAAAUCUGGUCUUGGAUAUCUUCAGGUUUCUGUUCGCAUUUUGCUGAAAAGCAAACACUAAUAUACUUAAGAUGCUCACGAAUGUUUUCCAGUUUAUCCUCAGAGGUUGUCCAGGGAGGCAGGUUCACGAUUUGCCGCUUUCUGAUUGUAACUUUGUCAUAGCAGCACUUUCUGCCGGCUCGUUGGGGUUUGCAGUUUGACUGGCUGUCACCAUUCUCACUCCAUUCUCCCCCGAGGCCCUUUUUGGUUAUAUUUAAUACUUAGACUCUUUUAUUGAGCAGACUUUAUAAAUGAGAUAUCUGUCAGGCACUUAAAAGUGUUACAGAUGUUUACCUUAAAGAUUAUUUAAGUUUUUUUCUGGGUUGAGUUUUUGGAUGUUCCAUAAAUGUUGUAUUUUCAGAAAGAGCGGCAGUGAUGGUGCUGACUGGUUUUCUGAAGAGUUUUAUGUCUAUUGCACAACAGUCCUCAAAUAUACAAACACAGAACACAAAGUAGCUAGCGUCUUUUUCACUCUAGAAUUGGAACUAAUGUCUAUGCAGCGAAGUUGAAUAAAUGUCUAGAGAUAUUUCAUAUUUACAGGAUAAAAGUAUAAAUAAAAUUUCCUAUAUAAAACCAAAUUUUGGUGUUAGGGUGGAAAUAUUUUGAAUAUUUAUUUUUAAAGAUAGGACUUUGUGCAAUGUAUUUUUGUAAAUGUUUUUUCAGAAUAUUUUGUCUUUGGUAGUGCUUACAUUUUUGCUGCUGCCAAAUUGAUAAGAUGCUUAUUGAAAUGUUUAAAUAGUUUUAAUUUUUAAAAGUGCAUGUGAGAUUUUAAAUGAAUAAUAAAGUCUAUCUUUUUUUC